GUCGUAAAAUCCCAGUAAAGCAAAAACAACUUGCAGUUAUUCACCACGUUAAUCACAACGUGACCCCAUUUUCAACACAUCAUUUCAGUUACCCCAAAAAAUCAUAUUUCUAAAACCCCAAUCUUCGUAUAUCCCUUUCUUCAAUUUAUCUUAUCCUUCCCUACUAUGUUCCUCUAAACACUACAAUAAUCUCAACAAAAAAAAAAAAAAGAUGGCAGAAAAUUCAUCUCAACAAAACUUGAUAUGUUUACAUGGAGAUUUACAACUUCACAUAAUCCAAGCACGUCAUUUACCAAACAUGGACUUAACCACCGACCGUUUACGCCGUUGCUUUACCGGCUGUGACGUCUGCCGUCAACCACCGUCAAACGACGAUGAACACGACGGCAAAAUUCCCAAUGUGAAAACAUCAAACCAAAAAAUCCAUCACCGGAGAAUAAUAACAAGUGACCCAUAUGUAACUGUGUCUGCCCCACAUACUGCUCUUGCACGUACACGUGUCAUACGCAAUUCACAAAACCCUGUUUGGGAUGAACAUUUUAAUAUCCCUUUAGCACACUUUAUGGACUGUUUGGAAAUUCGUGUUAAAGAUGAUGAUGUUUUUGGUGCUCAAGUUAUGGGUAAAGUUACUAUUCCUGUUCAUGAUAUAGCCACUGGUCAGGAUAUUUCAGGUUGGUUUCCUGUUAUUGGUGCUUCAGGUAAACCACCAAAACCAAACACGGCUUUGAGGUUAUGGAUGAAAUUUGUUCCAUAUGAUAAAAACCCAUUGUAUAAACGAGGAAUUGCUUCAGAUCCAGAACAUUUAGGUGUUAGAAAUACGUAUUUUCCGUUGAGAAAAGGGAGUUCAGUGAAGCUAUAUCAAGAUGCUCAUGUUACUGAUAGUUAUAAACUACCUGAAAUUCAGUUGGAUAAUGGUACGGUUUUUGAACACAAUAAAUGUUGGGAAGAUAUAUGUUAUGCAAUUUCAGAGGCACAUCAUUUGAUUUACAUUGUUGGGUGGUCUGUUUUUCACAAAAUCAAGUUAAUUCGAGAGACUAAGACCCAAUUACCGCGUGGGGGUGACUUGACACUUGGUGAAUUGCUUAAAUAUAAGUCACAAGAAGGUGUGCGGGUUUUGUUGUUAGUUUGGGAUGAUAAAACUUCCCAUGAUAAGUUCCUUAUUAACACGGCGGGAGUAAUGGGAACUCACGAUGAGGAGACCAGAAAGUUCUUUAAGCAUUCCUCUGUAAUAUGCGUUUUGUCACCACGUUAUGCUAGCAGUAAGCUCAGCCUUAUCAAGCAACAGGUAGUUGGAACCAUGUUUACACACCAUCAGAAGUGUGUACUGGUAGAUACACAGGCACCCGGUAAUAAUAGAAAAGUUACAGCAUUCUUAGGAGGUCUGGAUCUCUGCGAUGGUCGAUACGAUACACCUGAACAUCGCCUAUUCCACGAUCUUGACACUGUAUUUAAAGACGAUUUUCAUCAGCCUACAUUUCCUUCAGGGACCAAGGCUCCAAGGCAACCAUGGCAUGAUUUGCAUUGCAGAAUUGAAGGACCUGCUGUAUAUGAUGUGCUUAUAAACUUUGCUCAACGAUGGAGGAAAGCGACAAAGUGGAGGGAAUUCAAAUUCUUUAAGAAAUCAUUGUCCCAUUGGCAUGAUGAUGCUAUGUUAAAAAUUGAGCGUAUCUCAUGGAUACUUAGCCCUGCUUUUUCUGUUUUAAAGGAUCAUACUGGAAUCCCAGAGGAUGAUCCGAAACUACAUGUAUAUGGGGAAGAUCACUCAGAAAAUUGGCAUGUACAGAUCUUCCGCUCCAUUGAUUCUGGUUCAGUGCAAGGUUUUCCCAAGAGAAUUGAUGUUGCGCAGGAACAGAAGCUUGUCUGCUCAAAAAAUCUGAUAGUAGAUAAAAGCAUUGAAGCCGCAUAUAUUCAGGCAAUAAGAUCCGCUGACCAUUUCAUAUAUAUUGAAAAUCAGUAUUUUCUCGGAUCGUCAUACGCUUGGGAAUCGUACAGAGAUGCAGGAGCUGAUCAUCUGAUACCGAUGGAAUUGGCACUGAAAAUCACUAGUAAAAUUAGAGCCAGGGAACGGUUUUGUGUAUAUGUUGUCAUGCCCAUGUGGCCUGAAGGGGACCCUAAGACACUCACUGUGCAGGAAAUACUCUUCUGGCAGAGCCAGACAAUACAGAUGAUGUAUCAAGUUAUUGCAACGGAGCUCAAGUCAAUGCAGCUUUUGGACUCUCAUCCGCAAGAUUAUUUAAAUUUCUACUGCCUUGGUAAUCGUGAAGAAAUUCCAGGCCCUAUCGCUCAAUCUUCUGGUAAUGGUGAUAAGAUCUCAGACUCAUAUAAGUUUCAGCGUUUCAUGAUAUACGUUCAUGCCAAAGGAAUGAUAGUGGAUGAUGAGUAUGUUAUAAUGGGUUCUGCCAACAUAAAUCAACGAUCUAUGGCUGGGUCAAAAGAUACAGAGAUAGCUAUGGGUGCCUACCAGCCUCAUUACGCAUGGACAGAAAAGCAAAGGCAUCCACGGGGACAGAUCUACGGAUAUAGAAUGUCACUGUGGGCAGAGCACCUCGGGAGAAUAGAAGAAUGUUCGAGGAACCGGAGAAGCUUAUCAUGCGUCCGGAGGGUGAAUCAGGUUGCUGAAGAUAACUGGAAGAGUUACACAGCUGAAAAUUUCACUCCAUUGCAAGGGCAUCUUACAAAGUAUCCAAUACAUGUGGACGCUGAAGGGAAAAGAAUAGGUCCAUUACCUGAACAUGAAAAUUUCCCAGAUGUAGGUGGAAUACUGGGACAACAUGCCCCUACUAUCCCAGAUGUUUUAACCACAUAAUCUCAAAAAAUAACA